CUGUCAUUAAUGUGAUAAGCUGCGCCGUUCUAAAAAUGGAAAGUUCAGCGUCCACUCUCCACAGAUUUAUUUAUUUUAUUAGCUAGAAAACAAUCAACAAUUAUGUGACAGUAGUGGGAAGUUGGAAUGCCAAUGGAUGUGUCGUGGUGAGGUAAUAAAUUUCCCUGAAGAGACUAUUAUGCCGGAGUGGAUAUUCUACCAUCGGCGGUCAUUCCAGGUCAUGUGUCGACGUCAUGGAUAAUAAGUCCAGCAUACAAGUAGAAUUAGAUACGUGUGAAAACUGUUCUAAAUUGUCUAUGGACGAGGAUGAUGAUAAAACUGCAGCUAUGGUGUCACAAGCAGAGAUUUGGCAGGAAGAUAAAAAAUUCACAGUGUAUAAAAUUGUAAUUUGGUCACGGAAUGAAUCUUGGCAUGUAUUUAGGCGUUAUAAUGAGUUCUAUAAACUUAGUGAAGUAUUAAAGAAACAGGUACCAGACUCAAACUUAAAAAUUCCAGGUAAGAAAUUGUUUUGUAACAACAUGGAUCCCUCAUUCAUUGCCUCUCGCCGGGAAGGUCUUGAUCAAUUUGUACAUCAUUUAAUGCAUCAAAACAAUUUACUAAACAUAAGUGAAGUCCGCAUAUUUUUUAACUUGGAUACUAAAGUUAAAGAACCAGACAGACCAAAUCUUCUUAAAUGCUCUGGUACAAUAAAUUUAGGACCUUCAGAAAGACCAUCUGCUAAUCCAUCAGAUUUUGUAUUUCUACGUAUUAUUGGAAAAGGCAGCUUUGGUAAAGUUUACUUGGCUGAACACAAAACUGAAUCCAUUCAUUUUGCUAUAAAAGUAUUGGAUAAAAAACACAUACUUGCAAGAAAUGAAGUCAAGCAUAUCAUGUGUGAACGCAAUGUUCUACUGAAAAAUAUCAACCACCCAUUUCUUGUUGGCCUUCAUUACAGCUUCCAAACCAAAGAUAAACUUUACUUUGUACUUGAUUUUGUAAAUGGUGGAGAGUUGUUUUAUCAUUUACAAAAAGAAGUCAGAUUCUCAGAAACCCGAGCUAAGUUCUAUACAGCUGAAAUAGCAUCGGCCCUUGGUUAUCUCCACUCUAAUGGUAUUAUUUAUAGAGAUCUCAAACCAGAAAACCUGUUACUUGACAAAGAAGGACAUUUGGUCCUUACUGAUUUUGGGUUUUGCAAGGAAGGUCUCAUCGGAACUAAAACUACAAAUACAUUUUGUGGAACUCCUGAAUAUCUUGCUCCCGAAAUAAUCAGGAAAGAAGCAUAUGGCAGAUCAGUUGACUGGUGGUGUCUUGGUGCAGUGCUAUAUGAAAUGUUAUUUGGACUCCCACCAUUUUACAGUUUAAAUGUGCAAGAAAUGUAUAAUUUAGUUUUGCAUAGUAGAUUAAAAAUCAAAGGAUCGGUUUCGUCACAAUGUAAAAAUUUAUUGCACAAGUUAUUGGAAAAAGAAAGCAAUAAAAGAAUUGGUAGCAAUGUUCAAGAUUUUAAUGAGGUUAAAAAACAUCCAUUUUUCAAAACAAUCAAUUGGGAUGAUUUAUUGAAUAAACGUAUUACACCACCUUUUCAACCACAACUGGUAAAUUUAAAUGGAACAUGUGAUUUGCAAUAUAUUGAUCCACAGUUUACAAAGGAAUCUGUCAGUUCGUCCAUGUCGUCGUUUUGUGAUGAAAAACUUUCUACUAAUAAACAAGACAUAGAUAAUGUGUUUGCUGGUUUCUCCUACACUCCUCCUUCUAGUUUAGAUUAAUAAUAAUCAAACUACAAUCGUUCCUAUCUUAAGUUAUUUUAACAUAUUUAAUCGACUUGUGGCUGGCUCACGAAGACUUACUAUCUUCAACUUUUUAAUACCUAUAUCCUACACAAAAAGUUUUUAUUCUAGUUAAUAACUGUUAUUUUACAAUAUUAAAAUUAAUGUUUUCAUGUUUUUAAGAAGCAAUAAAUAAAAUAUUCAAAAUAAACAAGCAAUAACAUUCCAUUUUAAUACACCAGCACCCGUGUGUUCAUUCAUUAAUUUUGCAGCUUAAUAAGCCAGGGUUUUAAUAAGAAAAUCAACUAAAAAAAUAUUAAUUAAAAUAUAUUAUUAAUUAAUAAUAGGUACUUAAUAUGAUAUUUUGAUUGUAAUUCACUGCCAAAAUGUUGCAAUGUAAAAACAAUUUUAAAAUUUAAAAAUUAUGUCUGUGAUUUAUUAAAUUUUUUGCUUUACUGAUUCACCUAUUUUCGUGCUUUAAAAUCAAAUUCUUGAAUAUUGUUGCAUCAUAUAAACUUUGAGUUUAUAACAUCUAAUAAGUUUUAAAUGUAAAUAGUAAAUACCUAUGUAUCAAUAUAUUUACAUCGGAAACUAAAUAUAAUUAAACUAUAAUAUUGUGUUUAAAUAUAAUCUAUACUCUAUAGAAAUGUGUUAAAAAUAUUGUAUAUCUACCUUGUUUUACUCGUCAUCUAGAAACAGUGGCAUAGCCAGGGAGGAGGGGCUAAGGGGCUGCAGCCCUUCCCCCUCCCGAAAAAAAAAUCUUGGCUACACCACUGUAUAGAAAAUACCGAAAAAUGCCUAAUAAAACAUAUACAAUGCCAUUUAUUAAAUAAUAGCCAACAUAUCCAGGUACAUACGUUUUUUAUUGUUUCUAACCCAUGUAUUAUGUGAAUUACUAAUAUUACUAUUAAAUAUAUUGUAAGUUAUAAUUUAUAACAAUGUUAAGAUUAAACUAAUAGAAUUUAUUGACUAUGAAAAAUAAUACUGUGUUAAUUAAUACAAAUCAACAUUUACUGGAUACUGCCAUAAUUUUUUGUUAAUAAUCAUAAAAUAUGUGCUCUUGUUAGAACUAUCUUAAGCAAAUUUAAAAGAUUACAAAAAUGAAAUGUUACGGUAUACUUUUUGUCUUGUGUUUGUUUAAUUCUUAUAUGAUUUAUAUACUAUUAACUAUAUAUUAUUUAUUAUUACACAUUUCAUUUUUUUAAGUGUACACUGUUUUAUAACCUGAAUGAUUUUCCUUGAAACUAUUAAUAUUUAAGUUAUAUAAUACCAACUACAUUUUUAUUUUUAAAUUAUAAGAUAGUAUUUAAUGUUUAAAUUCUAUGUUGUUGAUAUUAAAAAUGGUAUUUAUCAAAAAGUUAAAUUAAGUGUUAAACCUACUGUUAUAAUUAUUCUUUUUGUAUUUUAAUUGUAUGUUAUACCAAGUCUACUAAUUAUUAUGUUAUACACUUAUAUCUCAUAUGAAA